CUCCCGGGUUCUCUGGAGCAGCAACGUCCAGUGAAGCAAUCCCUCAGCAAGUCGCUGUGCCGAGAGUCCCACUGGAAAUGCCUUCUGCUGUCCCUGCUCAUGUACGGCUGCAUGGGAGCCAUGACCUGGUGCCAUGUCACCAAGGUGACCCGUCUGACUUUUGACAGCGCCUACAAGGGCAAGUCCAUGAUGUACCAUGACAGCCCGUGCUCCAACGGCUAUGUCUACAUCCCCUUGGCCUUCCUGGUGAUGCUCUAUGUGGUGUACCUGGUGGAGUGCUGGCACUGCUACACCCGCAACGAGCUGCAAUACAAGGUCGAUGUGGAGAGUGUGCACGAGCGCGUCCAGCGGAUGCAGCAGGCAACCCCCUGCAUCUGGUGGAAAGCCAUCAGCUACCACUACGUCCGGAGGACCCGGCAGGUUACCCGCUACCGCAAUGGGGAUGCCUACACCACAACCCAAGUGUAUCAUGAGCGGGUCAACACCCACGUGGCAGAGGCCGAGUUUGACUAUUCCAACUGUGGAGUUAAGGACAUCUCCAAGGACCUCAUUGACUUAGAGAGCUACCCAGCCACACGACUCCGCUUCACCAAGUGUUUCAGUUUUGCAAAUGUGGAAUCAGAGAACUCCUACUUGACCCAGAGGGCCCGCUUCUUCACGGAGAAUGAGGGCCUGGAUGACUACAUGGAGGCCAGGGAAGGGAUGCACCUGAAAAACGUGGACUUCAAGGAAUAUAUGGUGGCCUUUUCUGACCCAGACAACCUGCCUUGGUAUGUAUCCCACUAUGUCUUUUGGGUGGCUGCCCUGCUGACCCUAUCCUGGCCUCUGCGGGUGCUAAAUGAGUAUCGCACCUCUUAUGUCCACUACCACGUGGAGAAACUCUUUGGGUUUGACUACGUGGCGGUGACGCCAGCCGAGGAGCGCUCCUUCUGCCGGAGGAUGCCCCGUGUGAACACGGUGGACAGCACUGAGCUGGAGUGGCACAUCCGAUCCAACCAGCAGCUGGUGCCCAGCUACUCGGAAGCCGUCCUGAUGGACCUGGUGGGGCUCUCAGGCUGCACGAGUUACUCGGCCUGCCGCUACGGGGGCUAUCGCCAGAACUGCGAGCGGUGCCACAGGACUAUAAGCAGCUCUUCCAUCUUCUCGCGCAGUGCCCUGAGCAUCUGCAACGGCAGCCCCAGGAUCCCCUUCAGCAGCAGCCGCUUCUCGCUGGGCCGCCUGUACGGCUCCCGGCGCAGCUGCCUCUGGCAGAGCCGGAGCGGGAGCCUGAACGAGCAGAGCUGCCCCACGGAGCAGACCCGCCUCUCCAGCCAGGUCACUGUGGAGGAGGAGGAUCCUCCUCCGUACCAGGACGCUCUCUACUUCCCCAUCCUCAUCGUGCACCGCAACGAAGGCUGCCUGAACCAUGACCACCGUCACCUCCAUCGCAAUGGAUCCUGUGUGGAGACCUCACUGUGAGAACAGAGGGCAGUGAGAUCUCGUUGGGGGUUGCCCGGCCUGGGCCAGCGUGGAUGUGGGGAGAAGAGUGCGGGGCAAGGAAAUGGCCUAGCAGGAUGAGGCUGGGUGGAGGGGAUCCAGCCUCUCACUCUGGMUGUCAGCUAAAGUUGCCCCCACAGUGGCUCUGACGUCAUGGAGGGAUGAGUGACAGUGCUGCCCAUGGCAGGGCACAGAACUCCAGAUCAUCCACCACGUGCAAAAAAAACCAACCAAACAAACAAACAAAAACCCCAACUAAACAAGAAAAACAAUCAAAAACCCCUCCAGGAACCAUAGGUCAUGGCAUCAAAUUCAAGGUGGGGAAUGAAAAGUCAGACCCGAUGCAGGGAAGGGAGUGCUUGGCCCCCCAGCUCUGUCUCCAUGCUAGCUUGUGCUCCGAGGAAACGGCCGCCACCAGAAAGGGCCCUGCUGUCCCUGCAGCCCCCGCUGCUGCCACGCUGCAGUGAGGCCCCGUGCAGGACGGAGGGAACGGGCCCAAGAGCCCGUUCCCUUUGGCAGCAGUGCUUAACUGCUCAUGCCCAAAAGUCUGGGACAUCCAGGCACGCGGAGCUGACUGGCAGGUUAGAGAAAAGUCCGAAAGCCACGAACCCAGCACUUCCCCUCCCCUCCACCAUGCCCUUCCCUCCCCAUUUUAUUUUUUUUAGACCAUGCUCCGACUGUUAUACUGCUCUUACAGCUGGGAAUGACACCACCUCCAGAGGACCCCAGUCGUGGCUCCUUAGGAAGCGUCGGCACGCCAGCUCUGAGAAGCAGCGUCCCCUAGUGUAAUUUUACUGAAGCCAGUGGAACUACACCGCUGUGAGCAUGGCCCAGCAUCUCAUCAGAAUGAUCUGCCCUUGAAUACAGACAAAUUGAUCCAUUGUAGUGCUGCUUGGAUGCAUGGGGUUCAUGUUGGGAUUUGGCCAACAUGAAUGAAUGUUGAAUAUCUGCUGAAUCUUUGAGCAGUGGGUUGAGUUGUUCUGCUCUGCUGCCUCCACCACAGCAACUCCACGAAGGGGAACAUUAUGCCCAUGGAUGUGACCUCAUCAACUCCCUCGAAAGCAAGCUACCAAGCAAAUUCACCUCUGCUGGACUGGGAGAGAAGCGUUUUCUCCCAGGAGUAAAGCCUUUCCACACACAGAGGAAAAGAGGACCCAAGAACAAAACUGAAUUUUCAAGAUCCAUGGCUUCAUGGACUUCCCUUGGCUGUCCAUGGCUUCAUGGACAUUCUCUUCAUGUUGUUCAGCAAGCUCCUCUGCCAGCAACUCGUAGCYAGGCUCUACUGACAGGUACAUCAUCCACCUAUGCAACACUUCCAGAAACUGUUGAGUUUGCAGGAGCCCAUGUCAAUGAUGUGCAGUGUGUCCAUCCAGCACUGAGAAUAARCAUAGCUGCUGCUGGAAAGCUAGUUGAGUUUUACUCCUCCCCUCCUUACAAUGAAGAUUGUGUCUGCUGGGACUUCUUGUUCACUUGUUUGUUUUUGUAGAUUUUGGACAUUGAGGGAAAUAAGGCUUGUGGGAAAUGGAUGCUUGUCCUGAACAAUUCCAAGUCCUUAGAACUUGGGGAUGGGUGGAUCACUACUGUGAUAUAACUUAGCAGACUUAGUAGAGCCAAGUAGCUUGAGUCACACAAGGUUCUUUCACUCUCCAUCAGUGCAAGCGGCUUCUGCAAUCCUAGCUACUCACAUUAUUGAAAGAAACAGCCUAGCUGGAAUGUGUUGAGAUGACUUAGUAUUUUGUAUCAGUCCCCAUGUCCCCUUUGUAUUUUGUAUCAGUCUCCAUGCCCAUUAGCACUCUUAGCUGACAGGAAUGCUGGCUUUGGAUGGCAGCCCAUGAACCAGCAAUGGUGAAAAGGUUUGAAAAACCCAAGCAUGAUUCUGUAUGAGGCUCCAGAAGCAGACGCAGAGUAUCAGUUGAAAGCAAACAUCCCCUCCUGUUCAGCACGAUGAGGAGUUUGGGAGGGGGUUGUUCGUGUGUGUUGCCCCUGCCUUGCCAAGAGUGCCUGUCCCCAAGAGGUGAGGUGAAGGGAAGAGAGAAGAAUGGUAUCUGAUGAGACUGAAGGACCUAGACAAUGCUGAGAAAUCCUCAGCAUUGAGCAUUUCUCAGCUCUUCUUGCUCCAAAAGUUUCAUGUUUGGUGAUGAAGUUGUGCAUUUAAAAACCCGCUUUCUGCCAGCUCUAUUAGAAGUGUGCAGUGGUGGUGCAGAAGAAGGGCUGAAGGAGGAAUCAGAUGGUGGGGUGUGGUUUCGCAGUGGUGUCUGCUGGCAGGGAGCAGYGGGUGCAGUUUAAAUCGUUCACCUGGGGGCAGCAAGGCCGCCCUUGGUACCCAGAGGAGGACGUGUGCCUUGGGGUGCUCCUGCCUGCUCCUGUGCACAGCUGCAGGCUGGCUGGUUUCGUGAGCCCAUCUAUGCUUGUAGCAGGUGAUUUGCAAGGUGACAGAGCGUUCCUCCUCCUUGCUCUUGAAAGGAAGCUCCUGACCUGUUUUCUUUUUUUUGGUUUGGUUUGUGAGAAGACAGUGUGAAGCAUCACAUUUGCUGCUGUGAAUGGCAGAGAGCAGGGAUAAAAGCAAGYAGCAAGCACCGUUUGAGAGCAAGCUAAUCCUCUGCUCAGCUGGCUGAAGUGGGAGAGCUGUUGGAUCUGCUCCCUGGCCAGCGCUCUCCAGCUAUUCUCACCUUCCCCAAAUUUGACUUGAAAAAUGACAUUCUUUGGAGCUAUCCAGAGCAUCCCUUUCCCUGCACAACCUCCUAGGCUGUGAGUUUGUGCCGUUCCAGUCCCCUGCUUGUGAGGUGCUGCGGGCCAGCCAUGAAAUACCAGUGAAUGUGGAAUUCCRAGGGCUGCGUUUGUGGCCAGACCUCAGGGUGAGCUGCGAGGCUGGCUGUACCCUGCCUCCAAACCCUGCUUGUGUGUUCACGUGCCUUGUGCUUGCCUCCAGGGAGAACAGAGUAGCCCCUGCCCUCUGGCAUGGUGCUUUUGCAUCACCUUAGGCUUCCUUGGGGAGCUUGACAGCACUUUCUUCAGCCCUUGUAGACAGGCCCUUCCGAGCUUUGCAGAGUUCAACGGACUGAAGCCAGAAAGCAGAAGCCCGUGACAUUUUGCCGUUCCUUAUCUCCAAUUCCCUGGUGUUCUCCUGGACGAAGAGGCGCAAGUGGGCUCUUGUAGUUGUGUGGGGCCAGGGAAUGGUGUCACGAUGAAAGCGGCCCAUCGAAGCAGGGGGUUCGCUGUCAUGGGCUCUGCUGAGGGAGCCCAUGGGGAAGCAUUGCUGUGGGCUCAGCAAGAUCCAGCUCCAGCAGGAGCUGACUUAGGAGGGCAGAACAGUGCGAAUGCUCAGCACCAUCUAGGAGGGGAGGCUCUGUGUGUUAGCACCUGUUGUAGGGUUUAUGGAUGGGAUGCCUUUUGUGGGAGAUGUGAGACAAGGCUGCGCAGGAGYCAGUGUGCUAGGGCACCAGUGAUUUGAGGGAAGAGACAGAGGGAACUUAGAGAAAAACAAACAGAAAGGCAGUCUGUGAACAUGCUCUGGCUAAGGAGUCAGGCAGGAGGCACUGCAAGCUCAGGUGCCUAGGCCGAGCCUCCCUUCAUCCUCAGAGCAGCAGUGUUGCCUCCCAGCUCAGCACUGACAGCUCGAGCACGUGUCGCCAAACCACAAUGGAUGCUGCAGCCACAAGGUGUAAAUGUCACUAAUGAAUAAAUUGCCUGGUGCCUCGGAGAGACUAAUCCAUCAAGGCUGGGGAUGGGGAUCUGACAGUGUUGGCUAUUUCAGGCACAGCCUGUAGGGAGGAACUGCUGCAUUUCUUAGCUGCCCUCUCUGCCUAGGAAAGCUGAUGCAGGGGUUGGCUCUGUGCUGCUUCCCAUCUUUCCAGCCACAUGAGCCCUGGCUUCAUCUCUCUUCACUGUGACCAACGGAAAAACCCAGGAGAGGGUCAGGCUAGCAGAAAGCACAGGCUGGCACCUGGGACCUCUGUCAGCAGAGCAGUGCCCAGGCCAGGAGAGGCCUCACUGGUGGCGACAUUUGGAGGGAGGGUGUUGUGUGUAGAGCACCAGCAUUUUUGGUGUUAGCGGGGUAAAGUGGUGGGCCAGGAGCCAUCAGCAGAGCUCUGUCAGCCACUGGAGGUACAGGCUGUGGUCUGCACCUUGUGCGCAUCAGGCUGGUUGUGCUUGCCAUGCAGUUGCACAAGCACGCAGCUUACCACCGAAUUUGGAGUUCCCCUCUCUAGGAGAGACCUGGAGAUGCUCCAAGGCUGCCUGRGCGGAGGCUUCACCCUCACCCUGUCAGGAGACACUGCAGGCCCUAUUAGGCUGUGUGGGGGCAGGGCGCCGUGCCACCGUCCUCCUCCUCUGCUGUUGGUGGCCAGUUGUGCUGGUCGUGCUGAAGGCCGGCACGUACCCGAUGGGCAGGGACAGUUCAGUCUGAUGGAGCAAAGGGUGAGUAAUGAUUCAGUGAUCCCUAGAUCUGAAUUUUGUAUCCAGAUUUGAAGAGCUAGGGUGUCACCUCACCCUGCCUCAGCACCACACUGCAGCACGUACCCUCCAGAUGCAUUAUCCAGCAGUGACCACACUGCAGGUCAAUCCCUCACCUAUGCAACUGGGCCGAACGUGACAAGUGACCUGACAGAA